CAAAUCAAAAUUCUUCGGCUGCUGUCAAUCGAUUUGGUCUUGUUUGGUUAGCUUGUGUGUGAUAAAUUACAAUGCAAAAUAAUUUAUUUACGAAAUGUUCUAACUGAAGAGUUUCAGAAAGUGUAACGUUGGAAGUGUUUUUAUUUUUGCAUAAGGUGUAAUACUAAUUUUCCAACAUGCCGAGGAUUAUGAUAAAAGGCGGCGUUUGGCGCAACACAGAGGAUGAAAUCCUCAAAGCGGCGGUGAUGAAAUAUGGGAAAAACCAGUGGUCUCGUAUCGCUUCUUUGCUUCAUCGGAAGUCUGCGAAGCAAUGCAAGGCUCGGUGGUACGAAUGGUUGGACCCCAGCAUCAAGAAGACUGAGUGGUCCCGGGAGGAGGACGAGAAGUUGCUGCACUUGGCCAAGCUGAUGCCGACGCAAUGGAGGACUAUUGCCCCUAUCAUUGGCCGCACGGCUGCUCAGUGUUUGGAACGAUAUGAAUACUUACUGGAUCAGGCACAGAAAAAGGAGGAGGGAGAGGAUAUGGGUGAUGAUCCUCGGAAAUUGAAGCCUGGAGAAAUUGACCCCAACCCUGAAACCAAACCUGCCAGGCCUGACCCCAAAGAUAUGGAUGAAGAUGAACUGGAGAUGUUGUCGGAGGCCCGCGCCCGCCUCGCCAAUACCCAGGGCAAGAAGGCUAAGCGGAAGGCCCGGGAAAAGCAGCUGGAGGAAGCUCGUCGGUUGGCCGCGCUACAGAAACGACGGGAGCUGAGCGCUGCCGGCAUUGCUGUGCCGAUAAGGCGUAAGAAGAAGCGUGGGGUGGACUACAACUCAGAGAUUCCCUUUGAGAAGCGCCCAGCAGCUGGUUUCUAUGACACAUCCACUGAAGUUGUGGAUCCGAUGGCUCCGGACUUCUCCAGACUCAGGCAGCAACAACUUGAUGGGGAAUUACAUUCUGAAAAGGAAGAGCGAGAUCGUCGCAAGGACAAGUCUAAGCUGAAGCAACGCAAGGAGAAUGACGUGCCGCAAGCCAUGCUGAUGGGAGAACAACCGGCCAGGAAGAGAAGUAAACUGGUGCUGCCCGAGCCACAGGUUUCAGACCAGGAGCUGCAGCAGGUGGUGAAGCUGGGGCGGGCGUCGGAGGCGGCGCGCGAGAGCGCGGGCGAGGCGGGCGCGGCCACGGACGCGCUGCUGGCGGACUACGCGCUCGCGCCCGCGCCUUCGCCCGCGUCCGCCACCGCGCUGCGCACGCCCGCCACCGCGCACGACCGGAUUUUAAUGGAAGCACAGAAUGUGAUGGCCCUGACCCACGUAGACACGCCCCUCAAGGGAGGGCUCAACACCCCGCUGCACCAAUCAGACUUCUCCGGAGCCCUGCCGCAGUCGCAAGCGUUAUCUACGCCCAAUACUGUCUUGGCUACGCCUUUCAGGUCAUCGCGCAGUGAAGUAUCAACGCCAGGGAGCUUCAACACUCCCAGCCAGAACGCGGGUCAAACUGGACUUAUGACACCAGGUCUCCGCGACAAGCUGAGCAUCAACCCAGAAGACAGGUUGGCUGGUGGCGAUACACCGCAAGUCGCCAACCAAUUACAAAAGCAGCUGAAGACAACAGUCCGGAACGCGUUGCAAUCCCUGCCGGCGCCCCGCAACGACUACGAGAUCGUGGUCCCCGAGCGGGAGUCCGACGACGGACUCGUGUCCGCGCCCGCCGCGCCGCUGGUGGAGGACCAGGCUGAUGUCGAGGCCAGGGCGGCCAGGGAACAGGAGGAGAAGCAGUUGGCGCGGCUGGCGCUGCGGUCGCAGACGGUGCAGCGCGGCGGCGCGCGGCCGGCGGACGUGAACGCGGGCGUGGUGCGCGCGGGCCACGCGCCGCUGUCCGCGCUGCAGCACGCCGAGGAGCUGCUCAAGGCCGAGAUGGUCACCAUGCUGCACUACGACGCGCUCAGGGACCCGCCGCCAGGUGUGGACAAAAAGCGUGCAGUCCAACUCCAAGCGUCACACUUGGCGUAUCUCGAACAGCAUCCUUACGAGGAGUUCACUCUGGAAGAGCUUAACGCGGCCAAGGCUGAGCUGAAGAAGGAGAUGGAAGUGGUCAAGGCUGGCAUGAGCCACGGCGACCUUAGUAUAGAAGCGUACACGCAAGUCUGGGAGGAGUGUCUUGCACAGGUUUUAUUCUUACCGGGUCAGAAUAGGUAUACCCGAGCUAAUCUCGCCAGCAAAAAGGACAGGCUGGAAUCAGCUGAGAAGAGAUUAGAACAGAAUCGAAAUCACAUGGCCAAGGAGGCAAAGAAGUGCUCGAAGAUGGAGAAGAAACUAAGAGUCUUGACAGGCGGUUACCAAAGUAGGGCGGCGUCGCUGAUCAAGCAGUUCCAGGAGCUGCAGGAGCAGAUAGAGCAGGCCAACCUGGAGCUGUCCACCUUCAAGUUCCUCGCCGACCAGGAGAAGGCGGCCAUCCCGCGCAGGAUAGAGUCUCUGACAGAAGACGUGAAUCGCCAAACGGAUCGUGAGAAACAACUACAGAAGAGAUACGGUGAAUUACAGACAGAAUUGGAAGAACUCCAGAAGGGAAAAACAGUGAGGGAUUCGCAAAAAAAUAUAGAUGAUUAGUGAAGAUUUAGCUCGCAAUGUUAGAAAACUCGAGACGACUGCUUUAAGUACAAACUCGAGUCUUUGUUAUAAAUUUAUCUCUCUACUGGCCCGCAACACCAUGGCCUCUAUUCCAGAUUUCAUCAUAUUCAAAAUCGGCCCAGCGAUUAAAGCUUGAACGACAGACUUUCACAUUGAUAAUAAUUAGUAUUGAUUAUACUCGAAAUGAUAAUUUCACAGGAAAUCUACUGCCAAAUAAAGGUACUAUACUAAUCUUUAGUUGCAUCAAUAUAGAUUAUUAUGAAUUAACGUGAUUUCUAUAUCGCGAUAAAGUUUUUGCCAAAAGACUGCUGUGAACUUCGAAGCUGCCGGUAGUAAUACUAGUGUCAAUAAAAUAAUAAUGAAAUGAAUAAAAACAAUUUAAAAAAAUCUGAAUAGUUUCUGCUAUUUCGCACUUUGAUAUAUUAGAAUAAAAAGUGAUUAAAAUGAUAAAAUAUUAUCCAUCUUUCUCAUAUUUCAAAUUCGGUGUUUGUACGACCAUUUUGGUUUGUAUGUACCUUGUAGUGUAAUCAUAUCUAAUAUACUGGAAAUACCUGCCAAUUGUGCUCUUGGGUUUUAUCGCUUUUUAUAGCAUUGUUAAAUAACAUUCACCCUGUUAUUAAAAAAAAAGGUACAGUUUUGUCUCGUUUUGUCGAUUACAAUUGAUUGCGAUCGUAAAGUGCGAUAGUUACAAAACAGACUUGAGCUUAAAGUAUAAUGUACCUUUUUAUGAAUAAACAUGGCGAGACUAGAAAAGACAUACUGCAAAAGUGGCAGGUCUUUUUAGUAGGUAUAAAAUGACAUGUAAAAUUAAAAAUCCAUAAUAAAAUUAAAUUUUAUUACCAAAA